CUCCUGCCCCGCUUCGCGGAGCUGCCGGCCCAAGCGAUCCGCUGCCGACUGCGCGGGGUGGACCCCCCCGGAGGAUCUGCAGCCCCCUGGCCCCCGGCAGAGGCAGGAGGCCCGCUGCAGAGCAUCUUUGAAGGGCCACUGUGGUGCCGCCUGGUGGCGCAGCGCGACGGCGUUCACGUGGUCAACCUAGAGCGCACCGGGGGCAGGUCGGAAGUCAGCCUGGUGGAUGCGCUCGUGUCCGCGGGGCUCGCCAAAGCGGUGCGCGCAAAAGACGAAGGGGGCUCGGCCUCGGAGGCCAGCUUGGGGUCCAAGCUGCGGGCCGUCAUCUCGCCCGCCGAGUUCUCCUUCCAGCAGGGCCAGUUUGUCGACGUGAAGGUGGUUUCGGUGGCCUCUGCGAAGGAAGUGUGGUGCUGCCUCCCCGAGGGCCUGGACGCCUUGCUGGAGAGCCUGCAGAAGGCCGGGGAGAGCGCCAAGAAGUUCAACAACCCAGUGCCUGGGGAGGCCGCGGUGGCCCGCUGCCCGUUCCCGGGCAUCGCGGGCGACUGGGCACGCGCCCUCAUUCGGUCCCGGCCAUCCCCCGCUAAGCUGGAGCUGUUCUUCGUCGACCUGGGACUCGUCAGGGUCCUGCACCACACAGAGGUGAAACAGAUUCCCCAGGAGCUGACGGAGCAGCCGGGACAGGCGUUCCAGUGCAGCCUGGACUCUGGCUCCAAUGUUGACCCAGGCCUGCUGUCUGCCAGGAUCCUCGGCAAGGAGUUGGUGCUCCAGGUGCGCGAGCAGCUCGACGUGGCAUUGGUUGCCGGAUCCCUCUUCGACACCUCCGGGGAAGAGGAGGUGAACGUGCUCGAUGCGCUGUCCCCUCCGCCAGUGGAAGCCGCGCAGGACGUGGCGAAGGGCAUCGAAACGGAAGAGGCGGCCGCCGCGCCGCCAAAGCCCCAAGAGCCGGCGAGGGCACAAGAGGCCGCACGGUCCAAGGCGUCGCCCCCGCGGCCGCAGUUCAAUCGCAGUCAGAGCGGCCACGUGAUCCUGCCCUGCUACCCGCCGCUGUCCAAGAUCUCCGGCAAGAUGGCAGUGUACGUGAUGCAUGUGGAUGACUUGUGCUGCUUCUACGCCAUGCGCAUGGAUCAGGAGCAGGCCCUGGACGAGCUGUCCGCACGCCUGCAGGAGCGCUACGCCACGGGCCAGGACCCCAGGGUCCAGCUGGUGCCUAAGCUUCCUUGCGUCGCCCUCUACUCGCAGGACAACCUUUGGUAUCGCGCCAAGGUGCUGAACGACUCGCGCGUCCAGUUCGUGGACUACGGCAACGCCGACGAGGUGGAGGAAGUGCGCGAGAUUGGCCCCGAGUUCCUGGACGUGCCCCCGUUCUGCUACAAGUGCAAGCUGGACGGCGGCCGAGAGAUCGGCACGAACCCGGCGGCUGUCAAGGAGUUCCAAGAGCUCGUCCUCGACGCGGAGCUUGAACUCGAAGUCGUCACGUGGGGUCCUGAAGUGACGGUCCGGAUGUCCAAGGGAGGCCAGGACGUGGGUGCGCUUGUGAAGGCCAAGCUCGCGGGAAGCGAGGAUGCCGCCGAAGACACACCUUCGGAAGACGCCGCCCUUUGCGUGUUGCCUGCCGCAAAGGUUGUGGAAGGCUACGUCAGCCAUGUGGACCGGCUCGACUCGUUCUACGUGAUCACGACAGAGCGGGACGACACGCUCACGGAGUUGUCGGAGAGCCUGCAGGAGAGGCUGGGUGCAGGCGAGGCAGCCCCGCUGGAGGGCCCCGCCCCCGGGCACCUGUGCGCGGCGCUCUACGCGGCGGACGAGCGGUGGUAUCGCGCCCGAAUCGAGGGGAUCGGCGAGGAGGGGACGCUGAGCGCGCGGUUCAUUGACUACGGCAAUGCGGAGACGGUGGACUCUGUGGUUGCGCUCACAGACGCGGAGGCGGCGCCGGAGCCAUUCUGCUUUGAGUGUCGGCUGAGCGGCGUCUCCGCAUUGGACGGGGACCUCCUGGACAAAUUCAAGGAGGCGACUGAGGAUGCGACGCUACGGGUGGAGGUGCUGGAGGAGGGCCCGCCAGCGACGGUGAGGCUUGUCGACGCGGACGGCAACGACAUUGCAGAGCUGCUGGGGGUGAAAGUGCCAGAGGAGCCCGCCGUAGUCGAGAAGUCUGAAGGGGCGGAGUCAAUCGGACAGGCGGACGCACCGAAGAAAACAUACGGCUCCAUUUCGGUUCCGCUGAACCAGAAACUUCACGUCGAGAUCUGUCACUCCGAGGGUCCCACCGAUUUCUAUGUCCAGCUGAAGGACCGUCGCACCGAGCUGGAGUUCGUCGCGACCACCCUACAGGGUGUGUCCGGCGACGGGAAGGUCUUUGAGGCGAGCGAAGGUGCGCCUUGCGUCGCGCAUUACGACGACGGGGUUUACUGUCGGGCAACCGUGACAAGCGUGGACGCUGCGGGAGCGCGGGUCUUCUACGUCGACUAUGGCAACUCCGAGUCCGUAGAGCUCAAGGAAAUCCUCUCGCCGGUGGAGGCAUUGUUCGAGGUUCCGGCGCUUGCAAUACGCUGCACGUUGAAUAUCGUGGAGGCGGACUGCGUCAUGGAGGCGACGGAGAAGUUUCAGGCGCUGGUGGACGACGAGUCACGUGUGCUGCUCGCCGAGUUCCUCGGGGAACGUGACGGUCGGCACGUGGUCCGCUUGCUUGACAUGGGCAUCGACGUCCUCGGCAAUCGUGCCACCGGCGACUCCACCCUGGAAGUGACCGCCGAAGAGAGCCCAGUCGUGAAGGAGCCCACAAAGAACUUGGAGACCUCCUCACCUAGCGACGACGCCUCACGUCUGAGCGAGACGGAAGAGCUGCCUAGCAGUAUUCGAGAGGACGGCGAAGAGGCAGAGUCUAUGGAGAAUUUUGAGACUUCGACUCCGAAGGACGUUGCCCCGCCGUUGAGCAAGCCCGAAGAACUGCUGAGCAGCAUCGAAGUUGAAGAUGUAGAGGCUGAUGUCGUUCCGCUGCCGGAAGCACCCGAGGACUCGAAGGAUGAGGGAGUGGAGUCUGAUGGUGAGGUAGCCGCAGACGAACCGCAAGUUCUGGUGGCCACUGCUGAAGAGCUGGAUGGAUCUUGUGCGGCAGAAACUGAUCUGAAGACAGUUCCAGAACCGGAGACUGACACAUGUGUAGGCACGGACACAGAUGCGUCUGCGGAACCGAAUGUACAUGCAGCUGCAGAACCGGUCGCUUGUGUGGUGGCAAGGGAAAAGGGCAUGGUGGAUCUUCCGAACGUCGAGGACGAACAGUUGGAGUCCGAAUCUUCUGCCACAGCAGACGAAGCGGUGAAGGACCAGAAGCCAACGGAACACGAGGUCACCGAGAAUUCUCAAGAACAGUUGGAGUCCGAAUCUUCUGCCGCAGCAGACGAGGCGGUGAAGGACCAGAAGCCAACAGAAGACAAGGCCACCGAGAAUUCUCAAGAAGACGUCCAAACAGCCGAAAUUAAGGAACAGGGAGAGUUGGAAAAGGUGCUGGACGAACCACAAGUUGAAGUCGUUGCCAAAGAAGCUGAAGUAGACAUCAAGCCCCCAAAAGAACCAGCGGACGACACCGAGGACGCAAGUCCAGAGGUGUCUGCGGUCAAACAGAACGACGCAAGGAUUCCUGAGGUUUCCGGAGACGAAGCAGAUGGUGCGGAAGACAAGGAAGAGGCCGCCGAAGUGCGGGAGGUCGUCGACAAAGUUUGUGCCGCAGGCGCAGACACACCGGCAGCUGAGGUCGGAGGCUCGGGUGAUACGCCAACCACCAACGGUGCCGUGGGCAGACUGACACCGUCACCACCACCGAGUACCACACACCGCAAGAAGAGCCUGGACGACUGUAUUGUCCCAGGUGUCUGCACCAACGCCGAACUUGUGGAAGCACCCAGCGCGAGCGGCCAAUGAGAGCCUGCAUCUCUGCUCCAGCUGUGACUUGAUUGGCUCGGGGAGUGGGAAGGACGUGGCGGAAUGGUGUUUGGCGCGGUUCUGUAGUUACUCCUGGAAGUGCCUUGUGGUAACGUGCAACGCUUUCUAUCGUUUGUUGUUUUAUGUGUUCUGUUGCCUAAUUUUUGUUUUGUUUUUCUUCAAUUUUUUUUUCUUCAUUGAUGAUUCUUAUAUUCUUUAUGCCUGUGGUAAUUUUUAUUGCUGUGGCUAGUGCUCCGACUUAAAGUGAUAAUGGAGUUGCCUGUUUUUUGUAUGUCUGUGUUCAAUAUUCUAUAUACUUUCACAGGUUCAUUUUGGAAGCCAUACCGCAGAACGUCUGGGUCUUAUAACUAGGCUGUUAUUCAAUUUUGUACCUGGUGUCGAAUAAAUGAUACUAUGUUGGUUGCAAGAAUAAAAUGUAUUUUCUCAGUGUGUACCACUGAACUUAGGUCA